AAGCCAAUCAACCCAGCCCCUCCUUUUACAGAUGGGGAGACUGAGGCCCAGAGACGGGAAUGAUUUACCCAGUUACACCCAGGCGAUAGUUGUCAGACAGGAUUUGAACCCAGAACCUCGUCACUCCUGAUUCGACAUUCUGCCCCCUUGGCUGAACUAGCAGAGCUCUGGGGUGUGUUGCCACGUGGGAGGGGCCCAGCCGAGUGAGGGGCAGCCUUUCCCAAAGAGGAGGGGCAAGGGGAGCUCCCUGUGCCCGGGGUGCCCCCCGCUCAGUGCUGGAGGGAGCUUGGGCAUCGUCUGGGCCAGACCCUUCGCUGGACGAGGCCUCCCUGAGUUUAGGCAAUUGCCGGUGCCCCUCAGGAAGGAAGUAGCAGAAGCAGGAUUGGAACCCAGGCCCUGUGGCUCCCAGACCAGGGCUCCUUUCCCAGCAUCCCUCUGCUUCUUAAGGGAGCGUGCACAGACCGUGGAAAGGGGGGAACCUGAGGGGUCCAGAGUGAGCAGGGCGCCCAGUCUGUCAAAUUAGGAGGAGGCUGGCCAGGGGAUGCCCCAGGAGCCCUCCCAGCAGGGAGCCCCAGCGUCCCAUUUCACCACAGUCCUACUGAAGCCCCUUGUCUGGCUCUCUCCUUUGCUGCCUCCAGGCUCUCAGAGUCUCCAUCUGCCCGAGCCACGUCUUGCUCGGCGCCGUCCCCUCCGAGAUCCGCUGUGCAGUCCUCUGCUUUGGCUGUUCAAGCCCUGCCCGACCGGCCCCCAUCCUUCCCCUUCCAGCUGCCCCCGCCUGGAGCUCCUGCUCAGCACCAGUCUCCCCCUGUGCAGGAGGCCUUUCCCCAUCUCCCCUCCCCAUCUGCCUCCCCUCUGUGCCCUUUCCUCGGGGGUUACCUUGUGCCCGCAGUGAUGGAGGAGGGCCGCAGCCCUUGGCACAGCACCUUCCCCAUUAGAGUGUGAGCUCCUCGAGGGCAGAGGCUGGAAGGCCUCCUCCGUGCUCCAUCCAGUUCUGCUUCAUCUUUAUUGAUUGGGAUGCCUCACGUUUGAGCAGAAGCAAGCGUGUCGGGAGCCAGACCUUCCUCCCAGGGAGCUUGGAGACCAUCACGUCGUGCUUGGAGCUCCCCCUCAAGAUGUGGGCACCCGUCACCUUCCUUUGGCUUUCUUCUUUGUCCUUGUCCUUGUCACAGAAUCGCCUUUCCUCCUUGAAAGAGAGCCAGGCCCAGGUGCUCCAGAUACAGAGAGUCCAGAGCCAAGAGCAAUGUAGCCAAACGUGCAAAGACCCAGGCAUGGCAGGUCACACUUUCUGCAGUUUGUCCACAGAGGAGCCAGGACGUUGUAUUGUCCUAGACUGUCCGCAGAUGACCGCGUGCCAGGAUGCCGGACCUCAGGAUAUUCAAGAACUAGUCGCAGAAUAUGCGUUAGAGAAACAGAACAAUGUCACCACCACGGAACCUUUGCUCACUCGUGCUCACCCGGGGCCUUCUCCAGCUCCUCCCCCUAACACGAUCAUCAGAAAUACCAGAGAGAUAGCCCAGAAGACGCCUCCUGUCUCGGUGAGUGCUGGCAACCACACGGAACUGGGAACCGAGACUCUGAACGGUACCUACGGGAGCAUUUCCGCAACCCCGAACACCUCCUCGUCUUUGGGUCCAGCCACGUCGGCUGCGACAGUCGGGUCUUCGGCACUCACCACGCCCCAGGUACAGAGAACCACCGAAAAGACCUCCGUGGCGACGAGGAUGAUGGCGUCGGCCCCGAGUACGAGAGUGGGCUCUGCUUCCCUGCCGGUGACACGGAAUCAAACAGACGACCACGCCGACUCGCCGAGCACCCCGGCAGGAACCACUGCCACCGGGCCAAAAGCAGGCUCUGCCAGCAGCCCCACCGUCCAGGCUCUGCCCACACAUUCUGGAAUUAGUCCAACAUCCAGCUCACUGGUCCCACCAAAAGGCGGGUCUGCGCGUGGGUCAUUGAGUCCAGAAAUCCCAGUAGCCACCUCAUCCCCAGCUCCCUUCAGCUCCAAAGCCUCGGCGGAAGCCUUCACGAGCACCCCCAGCAUCGCCACCGGCACCAGGGCGGAGUCCCCCACCAAACCAGAACCAGCGCCAUUCACCGCUCGAGCGACAGACCGCAAAGCGACGCCGACCGCCGCGCCAACCACGACUGCCCAGGCCGCAGAGACCUCAGGCACUUCACAGAAUACAGAAAGAGCCGUCCCCCAAACCACCCUGAGCCCAGCUGAGAGCUCACCCACAACGCUCGAAACAUCGGCACGGACGGUCACGGAGAGCCCGUACAUGUGGAUUGCUACCGCGCCCUUCACCCAGUAUUUGGUCAAUAGAAACUUACUCCUGGCCAUGCUCUUGGCCGGCACCGUGUUCUUCAUCGCCGUCUUGGUCUUGUUGACCACGCAGGCGUACGAGAGCUAUAAGAAGAAAGACUACACCCAAGUCGACUACUUAAUCAACGGCAUGUACGCGGACUCAGAAAUGUGAGGGGCGUGGCCGUUCAGAGCUCUGGACCUGCUUCCUCUUUUUCAUUUUGCCUAUAAGACCAAACCAAGUGCUUCCGAAUUAAUUUGGUGCAAUUUAGGAGAAAUGCCAGCCACGUGAAAGGACUUAAUUUGUGUCUAAUUCCAUUAUUACUAAAGAACAGCUGCUUCGUUUAUCAUUAUUUUAAAAUCAUGUCGGCCGAGGGCCGGGCGGGCCGGCAGUCGUCGUCCCAGAUCAGGUGGUGCUUCCAGAACCCUGUGGGCUGCCUCGUCUUGCUCGGUCGUUUUCAUGUCACGGGCAGAAUGCCCGCAGCCAAGGCUGUGGGGUUCCUGAUGGACUUUUUUUCUGAGCUUAAUUCUAUUUAUGUAACGCAGUGUGCUGCCAAGCGUCCUUGGGGUCAGAUCCUUUCGGAGAUGUCUAAUGAGUAAUAUGGUUUAUUUUUGUAAACACUCAUUUAAUAAAACACGAGAUCCUGAAGAGGC